AUCAUCAGUGAGCAACCAUGGGGACCAGAGCAGGCCUCGGGCUUCUUCCAGCAAGGGCUGGCCUCCAGCGUGGGCAGCCAGGUGGCCCGCCUCUCUGCCUCCAUCUUACAAGGUUUCCAGUGCCAGGAGGCCAGCCAGCUACCCCGGGCUCAGUUCUCUUCCCUUGUUAGGGAAAUGCAGAAGCAGAACGCCAUCUUAAAUGCCAGACAGCUGAGUUGUAUGGCAAACCUGCUGGCUCUCCAUAACCUGACAAGCGACUUUGCUGACUAUCCAUCAGACCUGCUGCUCUUCUAUGACCUGAGACAAGUGGACGAAGCCAAAUGCCGGGCAUUCAUCAGCAGGGCCUCCCAGGGGAACCUUAACCUCCUGUCUGGACUGUCAGCUCAGAAGAGGGAGCUCCUGAACGUGUCCCUGACUUGUCUGGGAAAUCCUGGUACCAAUCUGAGCAAAGAGGACCUGAGCUCCUUGGGUGGCUUGGUCUGUGACAUGGAGCCAGCUGUCAUCCUGGAGUCAGACCCCCACAUCAUAGACAACCUGAAGCGCUGCUCCCAGCUUACAGCAAGACAGCGAGAUGCCCUCAAUGCACUCCUUCACAGUGGGGCUACGUCACUGGGGGCUCCUGGAUCCUGGAAUCUUGGCAGACUUUGGAGUCUCGGACCCUUGGCAUUUUAUAUCAACUCUACUCUGUGGAAGAUGGUGAAUAAGGAGGUGAGUAAGGAUUUCUUUCGGGAUGUAGUCGCUAGAUACCAAGCAGGAAGCCUGCCAAGGAGCCGUGUCCAGAGCUUUGUUGAUUCCUUCCUCGCUCAGGAAUUAUCAAUUUCAAGAGCCAACCAGGAGACAGGAAGAAGAUGCAGUCGUGGAAAUAUCACAGCUCAGGUGAUCCAGGAUGAAUUGUUCAUGGUCCGCUAUGACUGCAAGCAGCUCAAAUCUUGCUUGGGAAGCAAGGUCCUGAAAGCUAACCUCAACCCACUGCUCCAGCACCCUCUGCCAAGAGAGUGCCAACGUGUUGUCAAGGGGAAACUCAGUGAGAUCUAUCCAGGGGGUGUCCCCGAAGACCAGCUGAAGCUGAUCACCUCCUUGGUCUACUUAUAUACCAAUGAUGAAAUUGGUCACUGGAACAUCACAUCUGGGGACACUGUGGUGGCUUUGCUGGGCUCUGAUGUAGCUAUGGAGAACCAGACUCAGGCUAUCAUCAAGAAAUACCUGGAGCUGAAUGGCACCGUGACAGGGGCCUUGCUGGUGGCCAUCGGUGGCUUUCGUCUCUGUUGGAUGAGCCCAUGGCAGAUCGAGGCGAUACGCCCUGUGGAGUUGAGGUGGGCAGGGGCGCUGGACAUCUCCUCCUGUGCGCAAGACAGGAAGGAUGACCUAUAUGAGAAAGCCAAGGAGGCCUUUUCUGGGUCCAAUGGCACAAUCACCUACUACCAUUACAUCCGGCCCUAUCUAGGUGGUGCACCUGUGGAAGACCUGAAGCACCUGUCUCGGGCCAAUAUUUCCAUGGACAUUGAUACAUUCACAAGUCUCAAUCCGGAGGUGCUACAGAACCUGAGUCUCAGCAACGUGGCAAAAUUACUUGGGCGAAAUGUGGGGGAUCUUUGGAAGGCCCGGAGCAACCCAGCUGUAAGCUUUUGGCUCCAAAGCCAAAACCAGUCAGCCCUGGCGGCCCUGGGGUUGGAGGACACCCCAAAGCAGCUGCGCCCCAACCCGGCCACCACUGGGAAGCCUCUCCCUACCUGGAUCACUGACAAAGGGCACAAGUCCUCUGCUUCACCCAGUGAGCAUAUCACUCUCGCAGCUACCUCUGGCUGCUGUGUCCUGGCACCACUCCACCUCUUCAGUGCUCUUGGCCUCCCGAUAGGCCCUAUCUUACUCAUGAAGCAUCUUUGAUACUCCUGGACAAGAAUUAUCUUCUUUUACCAACCCCACCCUGGACUCCACCAUCUUCUUUGAAUCAAAAGUUUCCCUUCCCCAAAACAUGGAAUUCGAUCUACAACUAGGACACGUAUACUUCUCUGCUCAACUCAGAAUAGACAAGGGUGCCAACCAGACUUGAGGCUGACUUUGGCUCUGACCUGAUGAUGGGCCUUGGCCUUUGGAGGUCUUGCUAUUCUCAGAACCCUGGGAGUCCCCAUUGGAGGAAUGAUGGCUGGACUGCUCAGAGACCUUUGUCCUUCCCUUGCCCCAGGAGUCGUCUUUACAAAUGCUCUUACCACCCCUGGACUCCAGCCAGGCAGAAUUUGGACUGAAGGCUGUUUCUGCGCCAGUUCCUUGGGGAAAGCUAGGCUCUUCACCUGAGCUGGCUAGGCUACCCUCAGCAAGGCAGCUCUCCACUGUCCAGAAGCUGGAGACAGAGGGCAAACCACCUGGGGCAGUCUGUCUUUCUCAAGUCUUCUAGGGUCCAAGAGGGCAUAAAUCCAGGCUGAGCAUGCUUGGAAACAGCUUGAAGGCCAUAGAAGAUCAGGCCUGCCCUAGCAGAAGCCUCACUGCACCUCUGCCAAGAACUGUGUUUCUCUGAGUGGGGGAAGCUCAAGUUUUGCUAUC